GCUGAUCGAAAUAAGUCAAUGAUGAUGUUACCGUUUUUGUGCUAAGUUUUGGGGAAUGUCAAAAUUUGGAAGUCAUAACUCAAUGAAUGUUCCAUAUACCAGUGUUCUAUCUCUUCAGGCAAAGGAAAUGCAUCUAGUACUAAAGACAUACAAUGAAGCUGAUGAAGGCAGGAAAGGUUACUUAAACCAUGAUGAUGUUAAAGUAGCAGUAAUGAUGCUCUUUGGUCACAAGCCUUCAAAGUCGGAAGUUCUGCAGAUUAUGUCAACUUAUGGAUCAGAGCAGAGUUCUGGAGAGAGAGGUCUAAGCUUAGCUCAAUUUACAGAAGCAGUCAAGCCAAAAUUUGCAGCAGUUGAUGAAGAUGAGCAGAUAAGAAGCACUUUCUUGGCAUUUGAUAAAAAUUGUCGGGGAUUUUUAUCCAAGGAAGAUGUGAAGAGUGUCUUCCAGCAAGUGUGUCCUCAUUUCCCAGAGCACCAGGUGGAGCUUGCAUUCAAAGAACUUGAUCGAGACUCUGAUGGAAGAAUAAGCUACAAGGACUUUGAUUUUAUGAUGAAAUUCAAUAAUUUGUCUUGACAUUACCUAAUUUAUGAUUUAGUUUUUUUUUAUAGAUCUAACUACUGUGAUAUUAGAUUUAUUAUUGUACACAUGCUUUUCUUUCUUAGUGAAUAAACAUAUUUUUAUAUUUAAA